AUGUCGCUACCAAGACGAUCAAAUGUUUCACGGCAAAGCCGUAAUGAAACUAGGAUUCGAAACAUUACGAACGAAAAGAAUGAAGAAGAACAAGAAAUUGCACGUGAAGAGCGCCGUAGAGCAUUGGAACGGGAACGUGAAUAUGAUCACCAGGAAUUAGUAGUUCAAAGGAAUGUAGGUACUCCUGUUAAAUCCCCAACCAAUGUAAGUUUAUGGUACAUUAAUGAAGACAAUUGGAACAUGGUAAUGGUGGAUUAUAUAUCCUGGAUGCCUCUGCUGGAACAGUUGCUUCUUCUGGACACAUCGUUAGAAGGAUGCCGUACGGCUCAUUCAGCAUUAAAGUUGCCAUUCAAUCUUCAAGCAAUUAAACCAAUAUGUACAGCAUUAACAAUGUUUCGAAGUGAGGAGAUGGUGCUGUGUCAGCUCUUCGUGCAGCCGGAAGCUGCUUACGUAUCUAUGUAUGAGCUGGGGGAAGCUGGCAUCGCUCAGUUCAGAGAUGUAAGUUUAUAA